UACGCCAACACGUUGCAUUGUAAAGUAUAGUACAGUGAAGCUGUGCUCAUUCAGGGUCUCUGUAACUAAACUCUGUGUGGAAGAUUGAAUCUUUUUUAUCACACAGAAAUCGCUCAGUUCUGAAAAAGUGAACCAUGGCGGCCGAGCUUCGUCUCUGCUUCGUCCUUUCGGCUAUUCUCGGUGGCAUAGUCGUCGUGUCUUCGGCAAGAGUCGUGCGCGACACUCAUGCCUACCGGUACGGCGCCAUCUUCGAUGCCGGCAGCAGCGGGACCAGACUCCACGUCUACCGGUAUGACCAGAACCGCCUCCCGACAAAAACUGAAGAUUUAACGGAACUCAGGAUCUCAGGAACCAGUAGGGUGCGACCAGGCAUCAGCUCUUACAUCUCCAACCCCGUGCUUGUGAAGCGUGACCUCACCUUACUGUUGCAAAGCGCCGCCGCGGUGGUGCCAGAGGAACUGCAGAGCAGCACGCCGGUUUACUUAAAAGCCACCGCAGGCAUGCGGCUGCUGAGGCCAGCUGACGUCGACGCCAUCUUUGACCAAAUCGACGACCUCUUCCUGGACUCAACCGUCAACCCGUUCAAGUUCCAGCGGGGCUGGGCCAAGGUCAUCUCCGGAGAGGAGGAGGGAGUUUUCGGUUGGAUCUCAGUCAACUUCCUGAUGGGCGUCUUCGACUCGAACAGGGACACGGAGACGUACGGUGCCCUGGACAUGGGAGGGGCGUCCACCCAGAUCACCUUCCUCCCGGAAGGACAGAUCUUCGCCAAUCUCUUCCCGUUGUACAUCGCGGGGAGGCGGUACGACCUCUACACCAACAGCUUCCUGAAGUUCGGCCAGGACCAGUUCAGGCUGCAGGUGCACCGACAUCUGUACAACCAGGCAUCAGACAAGAACGCGGUUAUGGACAGUCCUUGUGACCUUCAGGGUUACCUUGAACCUGUUGACCUUGGGGACAACAAAGUGGCGAACAUAAAGGGUACGGGAAAUCCUAAUCAACAGUGCCGAGCGUUGGUCAGGCAGCUGUUGGGGCUGAACCAAACGUGUUACACCGAGCCGUGCAGCAUCGUCGGAGUGUACCAACCUCCCGUGGGGGACACCAUUUUCUACGGUACCGCAGGCUACUACUACACCGGCAGUGGCGUCGGCGCAGCUCCCGAAGAUGGUGGGUUCACCAGCGUUAACAACUUCCAAACAAAGACAGACGACUUCUGCAGCCUCUCCCUCGCCCAGGCAACCAACCAAUCAGGAGAGUUCGCUUACAACUACUGCAUGUCGGGAAACUACAUGGCGGCGUUGCUAAGCGACGGCUACAACAUUGACGCAAGUGCAGUCGACAAAAUCUUCGUUGCCGAGGAAAUCAACGGCGUGGAUAUUGGCUGGGCGCUAGGAUCCAUGAUGUACGAACUGUACCUACUGGAUAUCGAGUUCACUGUUGGAGCUGCAAGUCACGUGACCUCUACGUCACUCGCCUUGAUCUUGGCCGCCAUGUCUCUGAUUUUGCAGUUUUAAAAACAUUACCAUGAAGUAUAUGCCUUAAUAGUUCUGACUAUCCAGCAACGUGUUUUACAUUAUAAUUAUCAACUUUUAAAGUAAUAAGGCAUUGUUUAGUGUGUGUGCGUGAAACUUUUAAAGUACAUAUUAGUUCUUGUGUGUGUUUAUUUACUUUGUCAGAGGGUUAUAUGGCCUUAUAUUUCCUGGUAGAGUGACUGGAUGUAGAAGGCAUAUUUUAAAGACAUGGAAGGAUGUUCAUGAUUUUAGUAGCCAAAUUACACGUACUGUUGGGAAGACGAAGGUCAAGUUCGAGAAUGAGCUUAAUGGCGAGUUCCUACGUCAUCGCAGUGAAUCUUUUGUGUUUGUUUGUUUGUUUGUUUGUUUGUUUGUUUGUGAUAACUCGAGAUGCUGUGGAUUGAUCGUAAUAAAAUUUAGUAGGUGGGUAGCUAUAGGGUUAAAGAAAGGGAAGGUCAAGUUCAACAAUGUACAUCAUGAGUACUGUUGGAGGGCUCCAAAUUAUUUUAGUACAGGAAAUACUAUGGUCGGGAUUUUUAAUUAUGUUGGAUAGAUUUUAGAGCAUAGAUGAAGUAGUGUAAGUUUGAGCCCCCCUAGCGGGUACGGGUAUAUGGUUUGUGGUAGGUAAUGGUAUAGAUAAAGUGAGCAUUAAAUGUUCUAUUACACUUC